AUGCUCUUUUCCGCCUCCAUCUGGACAGGCUUGCUCUACACCUUGACGCAGGCACAUGCAUCAUCGCAGACUUUGGCAGAUCGACCAUGGCUUGAUCGAACCCUGCCGAACGAACAGCGACUUCAGCUGUUCUUGGACCAGCUGAACAGCACUCAGAAAUAUGCCAUGGUGCAAGGCGAUACUGAGCUCGAUGAUAACGGAACUGGCGUCAACCCAUGCAUAGGGCACAUUUCCGGUAAUGAGACACUUGGAGUACCCUCCAUCUGCAUGGGAGAUGGCCCUGCGGGGGUUGGAAACAGCUUGAAUAAUGUGACCGCCUUCCCAGCCCCAAUUGCUGCCGCUGCUUCGUGGAAUACCUCUCUCGAAUAUGCUUACGGCCAAGCAUUGGCCCGGGAACACAUGGCGAAAGGUCGCAAUGUCGUUUUGUCACCCACUAUCAACAUCCUCCGGUCGCCACUGUGGGCCCGCGCAGCGGAGACUUUCUCAGAGGACCCGUGGUUGACUUCCCGCAUGGCUGUAGCGGGUGUCAUGGGCGUCCAGAGUCAAGGAGCUCUAGCCUGUCCUAAGCAUCUUGCUGGGUACAAUCAGGACACAAAUCGUUUCGGGGUGGGGCCCGAUUGGGAUGCCGUUGACGUUCACAUCGACAAGCGAGUGCUCCAUGAGCUCUACUUGCCCGCUUUCAAGGCAUCUAUCCAGGAGGCAGAUGCCGCUUCUAUCAUGUGCUCCUACAACAUGCUGAAUGGGUUUUUCGCUUGCGAAAAUGACUGGCUCCUCAACACCACAUUGAGACAAGAGUGGGGGUUUCGCGGCUUCGUUGUCGCUGAUUGGUAUUUUUCCACGCGCAGUACUGUCGGUGCAGUCAUGGCUGGUCUAGAUAUCAGCAUGCCCGGAGGUUCGCUGGAGAGUUCGUACGGAUUCCCAGCCUACUACGGAGACCUUCUGAUCGAAGCCGUCGACAACGGAACAAUACCAGCCUCGCGCGUUGACGAUAUGGUUGCAAGAGUGUGGCGAUAUAUGUUCAAGCUUGGAAUGGUUGACAAUCCACUGGCCGGAGAUGCAGAUUCCGUGGCAAGAACUCAAGCACAUCUUGAUCUGGCUCAAAAGAUGGCCGAGGACGGAUCCGUUCUUCUGAAGAAUGACGAUCAUACGCUACCUCUCUCGCCGCAGAGAUACAAUCACGUCGCCGUAUUCGGCGUAGAUGCAACCAACCAAAGCCAAGUUACAGAGAACCAUGGAGGUUUUGUGAUCGAUACGACAAUGGUAGUGCAGUCGCCUUUGGAUGCGCUGAAGCGGCGAGCUAGCAAAGAAGGCAACAUGACAGUCAAUUAUGCGGAUGCCUAUCCCGGCACGGGGGAGUUCCCGACGGUACCUUCCAGCAUGUUUGUCAACGAUGGCCUGAAUGUGACGUACUACACCACCACAGACUUCUCCGGACCUAUCAACCAAACCGAUUUCGUACCCAACAUCACCGCGGCCUUCUUUCCUGAGGAGCUUUGGGAGUCAUGGCCCCAAGUAUUUUCCUGUGUCUAUGAAGGCAUCUUCAGAGCCAAUACAAGCGGAAUGCAUCAUUUCUCCCUGGCCGGCCAAGGAGAUGCCAUACUCUACGUCAAUGGAACAGUCACCGCGAACAUGUCCAAAGCAAACUUUGGGAACACCAUUCAAGGAAUCGCGGAUUUGAGAGCAGGAGACGAAGUGUCCCUGUCCCUGAACUAUUCCAUGGGCUACUCUCUGUCGACUGGCGCAUAUGGGAUCACACUGGGAGUCGAUGUAGGCAAUGAAGCAAGGGACGAAGAAUCAAUUUCACUUGCAGAGAAGGCUGAUCUCAGCAUUGUCUUCGCGUCCGACAGGCACUCUGAGGGCGCUGACAGCAACAUUGGCCUUUCUCUUCCUGGCGACCAGGACGCAGUCAUAUCUCGAAUCGCCAAGUGCUCAAAGAAGACGGUUGUGAUUCUCAACACCAAUUCGGCCAUUCUCAUGCCCUGGAUCGACCAAGUGGAUGCCGUGAUGCAGUCCUGGUACGGAGGCCAGCAAAUCGGGCUGGCGCUUGAAAGACUGCUGUUCGGCGACAUCAGCCCCAGCGGCAAACUGCCAGUGACAUUCCCCAAGACACUGGACGACGCCAUCCAAAUCACGUCAGAUCUACACGUACCCUACGAGGAAGGACUGAACGUUGGCUACCGGUGGUACGACGAGCACAGCGUCGAUCCGCUGUUUGCAUUCGGGCACGGACUCACCUACUCGACGUUCGAACUGGGCCGUCUGACCGUGCAACUCGCAAACUCCACUGCCACAGCUGGCCCUGCGCACGUCGUCUGCUCCACAACGUUGACAAACACGGGAGCCGUGCGUGCGUCUGAGGUCGUUCAACUCUAUGUUUCGUAUCCGGAGGCGGCUAACGAACCCCCCAAGCUGCUCAAAGCAUUUGUCAAAGUUCACCUCGUGGCAGGCCAAAGCACGGAUGUUUUGCUGCAAGUGCUGAUGGAUGAUUUGAGGAUUUGGUCCGAGCAGAAGGAGGAUUGGGAUUUUUCACAUGGCGAGUAUAGCUUUCUUGUUGGAUUCUCAGCAACAAACAUCAUCAGGGAAGAAAGGAUGUUUCUUUAG